AUGGCAAAAAUGAGUGAGUCUAAUAUUAAUUUUGGAGGCUACAGUGAAUUGGCGAACAACCUAUUUGACAUCCAGGACUUUAAGGUAAACAGAGAGAAGUCAGAGAUUAAAGUACAUGGAUAUGAUGCUGGUUUUGUAUACAGUGAAGCUGUAGCCAGUCAUUACAUGAGACAGAUACUGGAAGCACUACGCUACUGUCAUGAUAAUAACAUAAUUCACAGGGAUGUGAAGCCCCAUUGUGUCCUCCUUGCCUCAAAAGAAAACUCAGCACCUGUUAAACUUGGAGGCUUUGGAGUAGCUAUUCAGUUAGGAGAGUCUGGACUUGUUGCUGGAGGACAUGUAGGAACACCUCAUUUUAUGGCCCCAGAAGUGGUAAAAAGAGAGCCCUAUGGGAAACCUGUAGAUGUCUGGGGUUGUGGGGUGAUCCUUUUUAUUCUGCUAAGUGGUUGUUUGCCUUUUUACGGAACCAAGGAAAGAUUGUUUGAAGGCAUUAUUAAAGGAAAAUAUAAGAUGAAUCCCAGGCAGUGGAGCCAUAUCUCUGAAAGUGCCAAAGACCUGGUCCGCCGAAUGUUGAUGCUGGAUCCAGCUGAAAGGAUAACGGUUUAUGAGGCACUUAAUCAUCCUUGGCUUAAGGAGAGAGAUCGCUAUGCCUACAAAAUUCAUCUUCCUGAAACAGUAGAGCAACUGCGGAAAUUUAAUGCAAGGAGGAAACUAAAGGGUGCAGUACUGGCAGCUGUAUCAAGCCACAAAUUCAACUCAUUCUAUGGGGAUCCCCCUGAAGAGUUGCCAGAUUUCUCUGAAGAUCCUACCUCCUCAGGAGCAGUCUCACAGGUGCUAGACAGCCUGGAGGAAAUUCAUGCACUUACAGACUGCAGUGAAAAGGACUUAGAUUUUCUACACAGUGUUUUCCAGGAUCAGCAUCUCCACACACUGCUAGAUCUUUAUGACAAAAUUAACACAAAGUCUUCACCACAUAUCAGGAAUCCUCCAAGUGAUGCUGUACAGAGAGCCAAAGAGGUAUUGGAAGAAAUUUCAUGCUACCCUGAAAACAAUGAUGCAAAGGAGCUAAAGCGUAUUUUAACACAACCUCAUUUCAUGGCCUUACUUCAAACUCAUGACGUAGUGGCACAUGAAGUUUACAGUGAUGAGGCAUUGAGGGUUACACCUCCUCCCACCUCUCCCUACUUAAAUGGAGAUUCUCCAGAAAGUGCCAACGGUGACAUGGAUAUGGAGAAUGUUACUCGAGUACGACUGGUACAGUUCCAGAAAAACACAGAUGAACCAAUGGGAAUUACUUUGAAAAUGAAUGAGCUAAACCAUUGCAUUGUAGCAAGAAUUAUGCAUGGGGGAAUGAUUCACAGACAAGGUACACUUCAUGUAGGUGAUGAAAUUCGAGAAAUAAAUGGCAUCAGUGUAGCAAACCAAACAGUGGAACAGCUGCAAAAAAUGCUUAGGGAAAUGCGGGGGAGUAUUACCUUCAAGAUUGUGCCAAGUUACCGCACUCAAUCUUCAUCCUGUGAGAGAUAUUCCCCCUCUACCUCCAGACAGUCCCCAGCUAAUGGUCAUAGCAGCACCAACAAUUCUGUUUCGAUCUAUGUAAGAGCACAAUUUGAAUAUGACCCAGCAAAGGAUGACCUCAUACCCUGCAAGGAAGCUGGUAUCCAAUUUAGAGUCGGUGACAUUAUCCAGAUUAUUAGUAAGGAUGACCACAAUUGGUGGCAGGGUAAACUGGAGAACUCUAAAAAUGGUACCGCAGGUCUCUUUCCUUCUCCUGAACUUCAAGAAUGGAGAGUAGCUUGUAUUGCCAUGGAGAAGACCAAACAGGAGCAGCAAGCUAGCUGUACUUGGUUUGGAAAGAAGAAGAAGCAAUACAAAGAUAAAUAUUUAGCAAAGCACAAUGCAGUGUUUGAUCAAUUAGAUCUCGUUACAUAUGAAGAAGUAGUAAAACUGCCAGCAUUUAAAAGGAAAACACUCGUCUUACUAGGUACACAUGGUGUUGGAAGAAGACAUAUAAAAAACACACUCAUUACAAAACACCCAGACAGAUUUGCAUACCCUAUUCCACAUACAACUAGACCUCCAAAGAAAGAUGAAGAAAAUGGCAAGAACUAUUACUUUGUAUCUCACGACCAAAUGAUGCAAGACAUAUCUAACAAUGAAUACUUAGAGUACGGCAGCCAUGAGGAUGCCAUGUAUGGGACAAAACUGGAGACAGUACGGAAGAUCCACGAGCAGGGACUGAUUGCAAUACUGGAUGUGGAACCUCAGGCACUGAAGGUCCUGAGAACUGCCGAGUUUGCUCCUUUUGUAGUUUUUAUUGCUGCACCUACAAUUACUCCAGGCAUCAAUGAGGAUGAAUCUCUUCAGCGCCUGCAAAAGGAAUCUGAUAUCUUACAGAGAACAUAUGCACACUACUUUGAUCUAACGAUUAUCAACAAUGAAAUCGAUGAAACAAUCAGACAUCUGGAGGAAGCCAUUGAGCUCGUUUGUACAGCACCACAGUGGGUUCCAGUCUCCUGGGUCUAUUAAGCCUCUCACCAGAUAACUGAAGAAUUCUAUCAUAACUGGGAACCACCUCAUACAUGAAAAAACCUCUUCAUUACUGGCCUUGUGUCAACAGGUCUUGGCCCCUAGAGACUACCUAGAUGUAGUAUGACCUAAAUUUAACUAUUGUCAUGUCCAAAUAGAUAGGAGGAGGAAAAAAAAUUAAACAUUAACUUAAAGAGACAGUAUCUUUUUUAAUCAGU